CCUCCUCCUCUGUCAGGGACGCGCGCACACAGCCGCUCAAUAUUACAGAAUAUACAGCCUAGCUUUCUGCACGCACACCCCCAUUUAGAUACAUCCCAGCCUCACAUAAUUACACGGAUCGUCGUUAUUUCCUCUCUGGACAUUGAUGCAUCUGCCUCCACGGUCGCCGUAGCGGUCUCAGCGAUCGUUAUUGCUUUUAUAUCCUUCUAUCCCGCAUCCAAAGCCUGAUCUGCGCUCCAAGAUGGCUGAGUUGAAUUUGGGGAAGGGGUUGACUGCAGGGAAAGUGGCCAGCAAUGUUCAGAAAAAACUAACCAGAGCUCAAGAAAAGGUUUUACAGAAACUUGGCAAAGCAGAUGAGACCAAAGAUGUCGCUUUUGAAGAGGGAGUGAUCAACUUCAACAAACAAUAUGCUGAAGGCAGCAAGCUCCAAAGGGAUCUAAGAGCAUACCUAGAGGCAGUGAAAGCCAUGCACGAGUCCUCCAAGAACGUGCAGGCGUGCCUUGCCGACAUGUAUGAGCCGGAAUGGUACGGCAGCAACGAAGUAGAAUCCAUUGUGGAGGACUGUGAUGUACUUUGGACUGAUUACCACCAGAAGUUGGUAGAUCAUGCUCUCAUCUCCAUGGACACCUACCUGGGUCAGUUCCCUGAUAUCAAGGCUCGUAUAGCUAAGCGAGACAGAAAGCUGGUUGACUUCGACAGUGCCAGACAUAACUAUGCUGCUACACACAAAUCCAAGAAAAAGGACGGGGGGAUUAAAAUCACCAAGCCUGCCUCCCUGUUGGAACGAGCUGCCCCAGGUUGGGCACAGGGUAUUCUGUCUGCACACAGCGUUGCCCAGAGCAGUCUCUCCAGGAGCCAGGCUGAGGAGGAGUUAGAAAGAGCCCAGAAGGUGUUUGAGGAGAUCAACAUUGACUUGCAAGAGGAGUUACCUUCGCUUUGGAACAGUCGUGUCGGGUUUUACGUCAGCACCUUCCAGAGUUUGGCGGGUUUCGAGGAGAAAUUCCACAAGGAAAUGAGUCGGUUGGAUCAGGAUUUGUAUGACGUUUUGGUGAAGCUGGAGGGAACAGACCCAACCAGAAAGACAGGUAGCCGGGGCGCCGCGCCGUCAGGAGCGAACACCAGUGCUAAAGAGGCGACUAACCACACUCUCAGACCAGGAGGACCACCGCCAAUCCCCAAAUCUCCAUCCAAGCUCAGACCAGCAGUGCCUCCCCCACCUAAGGUGACCCCAUCUAAGGAGAUGAAAACAGAAAACAUCAUCAGCCUGUUUGACGCUGCUGCGGCUCCUGAUAUCAGCGUCACUUCCCCCACGGAGCCUGCAAACUGGGAUUCAUGGCAUGAGGACAGUGGUGACCAGGAAGAAAGCACCCAGCACAACUAUGACCCCGUGGCCGCUGCCGCAGAGGGCUGGGGCGACGACGGCUCCCAACCCGUCCGCUAUGACCCCAUAGCAGCCGCCACAGAGGGCUGGGGGGACGACGGAACCCAGCCGGUCCGCUAUGACCCCGUGGCCGCGGCGCAGGAGGAAUGGGGAGACGACGGCAGCCAGCCGGCCCGUGACGCCCCGGCGGCCGAAGACCAUGAGGGUUGGGGUGAUGAGUCAAGCCAGCCAGGCACAGAAAUGCCCGCUGGGGCAGAUGAGGAAGCACCUGCUGCUGGCGAGGCUCCGGCCGACGCAGCUGAGGAGGAAGCUACCGCAGCUGCUGCAGUGUUGGAUAAUGAAGAGGGUCAGGGUGAGUCUGCAGCGACGGCUGCACCAGAAGCUGAAGAACAACAAGAAGCCGCAGCAACAGAGGAGCCACCUGCAGAAACAGCAGAAACAACAGAAGUAGCCCCAGAGCCUGCAGAAAUGCCCCCUGGCUUCCUGUUCAAGGUCCAGGUGAUGCACGAUUACGCUGCCAACGAUACGGACGAACUGGAGAUGAAGGCUGGUGAUGUGGUGCUAGUAAUCACCUUUGACAACCCAGACGAACAGGAUGACGGCUGGCUGAUGGGAAUAAAGCAGGACGACUGGCAGCAAAACAAAGAGAACUCCACCAAAGGGGUAUUUCCUGAAAACUUCACUCAGCGGCUGUGAAAGAGGAACAAAAGGACAUCAUUUCAGCUUCCUUCUUCGUGUCUCUCUUCCUCUUGCCUAUAUCCUUCAGUCCCCUCUUGCCCUGAUACUGUAUCUUUACUAGGACUUUGGCCAUAGAAGCAGAGCUGUCUCAGCCCUGGAAGAAAUCAUUCAUGCAUUUCUGAGGUCUGCUACACUGUGCUAAAAGUGGAUCUUGGUAUUUUUUGUGGAUUUCUGACAACAUUUACAAAUUACAGAUGUAGCCAUUUCAUCGGUCUCACUUUUUGCAGUCUUUCUGUGACUGUUGGCA